AUGCCUUCAAAUUACCGCGUCGUUGAGCCUCACCCCUCCGUCCCGCACGCUGGCCGUCCAGCCGUCUACACCGGUCGCGGAGGAUCAGGAAACAUCGUCAGCUUGAAGAACACCAAGACGACCGACUCGCGCAGCGCAACGGGCCCUGCCUCCCUCACCCGCCUCGACUCCCGCACACAAGACACCUUCAUCUCCGGCCGCGGCGGCGCAGGCAACGUCCACAGCAGCAGCGAGCGCGCCAUCUUCAGCUUCGACGAAGAGCUCGAGCGUGAUCUCCGUCGCGUCGCACCGGUCUACCACGUCGGCCGCGGCGGUGCGGGAAACACCAUCUACCGCGACGACUGCAGCCAACCCAGUCUCAGCCGCAAGUACUCUGCCGCCAGCACAGCUACGAAUUCCAGUACUGGCUCUGUCGCUGACCGUGCUCGUGACAUGGCUCGUCGCGGUCUCGAGAAGGGUUGGGGCAAGCUGAAGGGUACUGCCUAG